UGGGAGGGAGCAGAUGUUUACUCCAACUGACCAGGAAUAUAGACACAUAUAGAGAAGAUGAAUCUGGAGGAAAGGGGUUACUGGCGGACAAGCUACGUUGGCUCUGCUUUAACAGCCAGGGGCUGCACUUGGAUGAUCUCUGGACCCUCAGAUUGAGCAACACCACAUCAAGCGGCAGGCAGCUCCAAAAUAAUCAGUGCGAAACAAAGGUAGGGUAGCAGGAAGACAUGAAUCACAGAGAGUCAAAAGAAAAGCAAAGUUGUGGUAGAGCGUGACUAGGGAGAGUAGCAGCUGUAAAAGAGUUAAACAUUGAUUCAGGGCUCUUUUAGGCACAAUGGUGGACAGAGGAUUGUGUCUGAGGUUUUGGGGAGGAGUAUGAAAGAUUUGAAAGGACUUGGGAGGGUGGGGGGUCAGAGGCAAGGGGCCGGUAGAGAGUAAUCGUGGUGACAGCCAGUGCAAGGGGACGAGGACUCAUGUGAGACACAGAGGAAUUAAAAGGUAAAAGACAAGGAGAGGGACUGGCAGACCCAGAAACUGGACUUCAGUAUGGGUGUGAAGAGAAAGGCUGCUGCAGCUAUCUUAGUCCUGCUGCUGUUCCUCGGCUCCCUGUGGCUGCAGGGAGGUUUGGAUUACCACUGGGAUUCCUGUUUAAAAGGUUAUAAUCAGGUGAAUAAGCUUCACCAGCUGUCCAACAGCAGUGGGGCCGAUGGGGCUGAGGGCCUGUCUGUCCUGGACGGGUGCCCCGGUCAGACCUUCCAGGUGUCAAUGCUGCUCACCCACCUGUCGGAUGCGACGGCCUACACCUCGGACGUGCUGCUGCCGCCCUAUCUGUCCAGCUGGGAUGAGCUCGUGAAGUUUAUGGAAGCUCUGGGCCCGAUGGUGGGACUGAUAUCUAAAGAGAUAGAAAGCAAGACCUCCAUUAUUCGUCAAUUGGCCCUUUUGUCGGAGGGGAAUCCUGAGGCAGAGCUGGGCCUGGAUUUAAACUCAAUAAAUUCAGUAGACACAGAGGCCGGGACGAAGAACAGUGUCGAGGCCUCAGAGCACGUAGAUGCUUACCACUCUGUGCGCUCCAUGAUCUGGGUGGAGCUGAACCGAGGCGUGGUGGACUUCAAUCACCAGACGGACUCUGGAUGCCGGACUCUUCUGCGUCUGCAUCGGGCCCUGCUGUGGCUGAAGCUCUUCCUGGAGAAGAUAUCUGAGACGCCAGUGGCCGGCCGCCUCAGGACCCCCUCGGAGCUGUGUCGCGAGGCCUAUAAGAGCACGCUCGCCAAACACCACACCUGGUUUGUGCGGAAGGCAGCCGAGCUGGCCUUCAUUGCCAUGCCAGAACGGGGUUUCUUCUACAGGCUGGUCUGUGUGCAGGACCAGGAGGAGCUGAGCGCGAUGCUGAGAAGAGUGGUUCAGGCCAUCGGAGAGGUUUAUGACAGGACUCAGAAAGCCCUGGAGGACAAUGACAUGCUAAACUUGCCAUAGAAGAUGGGACUAUCAGACUGGACAUAGAGCCUCUACAGCUGUUUUACCAUGUUUUGCACUCAUGGUUUCUCGUCUGGCAACUAAUUAGGUCUUAAAACGAGGUAACAUGAUUGGGCUUGAUUUAUUUUCAGCUAAAGUUUACAAGUGCCAUUUAUUCUUCCCAUCUCACAUAGCAACAUUGUUGUGUUUGCUAGAUUUGGGCCACAAUUAAGCCACAGCAAUACCGCAAUUUGUUUUGUUUGGGCCAUAUUCACCAUUUACCACAUGGGCCACUUGUUAUGAAGUGGAGCAGGAACUGGACCCAAGCGAAGAAUCAGACAACUUUUCAAAGUAAAAUGAAGGUUUGCAGAUAAUUUCACAGUGACGGAUUCAGUUAAAAAAGGUUUUUGAUGUGGUCGUCGUACUUGGUGUGGCGUGCUGCGUGGUGUGGCAGGAAAAGGUGGCGUUGCUGUGGGUGAAGCCUUGUGGGUGAAGCCUUGUGGGUGAAGCCUUGUGGGUGAAGCCUUGUGGGCUCUCACUGUGUGAUCAGCAGGUGACAGGCAAAGAACAAGAAGCCGGUCUUCAGGCAGACUGAAUGUGCCGAUGACCUAACAGACAGGCAGGCGAUGUCCAGCCAGGGAAACUAACCGGCUGGCAUGUUGGUACACAUGGAGCGUCAGCAGACAGAUAAGAAACGUAGGCAGUGACCAGAACGAAACCAAUACUGAUAGCUACUACCGCUUAGUCAGACUGUAUUAUCUGAUGAUGAGUAGAUUGUAGACCAGGGUUUUUAUACUGCACCGGGUGUUCAGUGGAGGUGAGCUGCAGGUGUGCCAGGAACCUGCAGGGAGAAACACGCCCAGACCUGCCAUACCAAUCACACACACCCAUCCCAAGCAUGGCACAACAAUCAGAAUACACACACACACACACACACACACACACAGGGUUGGGAGGGGCAGCAAUCAAACCACUUUAGAUUUACAUCCAGAUUAUACUUUGUCUAAAGCAUCUCAUGUUUGCCAAGAAAGGCACAUAUUUGUUUUGUGAUACUCAGGCCAUGUUUGCUUCUUAUCAAGUUGGCCACUUUAGGCUCACAUUCCUUUUGUCCGGGCUACAAGGAGGCCAGAAGUGCCGGGUCAUUGCCUGGAAUGGCCCACAUCCGUGUGCCUUCUGCGAACCAAAGUGCGGUCUCAACAAUCAAGUAAAUCAGCAAACAAAGCGAGUUCACGUUGAGCCAUGACAUUCCUCAUCAAACAUCUCUUGACCUCUCCUCACCUCAGAGGGAGUUUGAAGGCAGCGGAUAAUGUUUUUAGGCCUGCUACACACCGAAUGUGAAUUAUUGAAUAAGCUGCUGUACACGGCAACAUGAACACAAUCACCUCUGCUGUAACACAUGUCACUGAGGAGCUGAUUUUGUCAUGGACUGUACGGUUUAUGUUUUUGUGCCGACCCCCACCCGUAUGUGAUUGGUAAUUCUAUUUUUGUACAUUUCAAAUGUUAUUGAAAAUGACUGCUGUUUUAAUUGGGGUUAAAUCUUGGAGAGUUAGUUUGCUACCUCAAAGUGAGCCAGGUUUAAACGCCUUAUAGACGUAUCUGGGACCAAUCCAGCCAGAUCAAGAGGUGUUACAUGAAGAAUCAAAUCCAAUUUAGAGUACGCAGAAGUUUUUGUAUGGUGUUCAGAAUAAUUAAAUAUCUAUAAAAUGAA